GCCCCUGGGUAGAGCCAGGAGCCAGGGAACGGCUGCAGCCCGCCAGCUGCCCUCCCGGCGCCCGGCGACUGCUGUUGGGCUCUCCGGCCCGGCGCCGGCCGCCCGGCCUCUCCGAGUGGACUAAGGUGCCCCGCGAUUCUGCGGCUCUCGCCUCAGGAGGAGUCGGCCGGCUCGGAGCGGAGUCCGCCACACCCCGUCUCGCGGGACGCCUGCGGGAGGCUUCUGGAUUUCUUCGCUUUGGGCUGCUAUUUCUGAGGCGCUGCUACAAGGCUCCGAGCUGGGCCAGCUGAGGGCUGGAGGCCAGUCGGAGCCCCGCGGUGGGAACAGGGGCCGGAGGCAGACUAGAAGUAGAUUGGGACGCAAAACCAGCGCCUGCGGGGCAGGGGUGCUCUUUGCAGGACCAUGAUGAACCAAGAAAACCCUCCGCCGUAUCCUGGCCCUGGUCCAACAGCCCCAUACCCACCUUAUCCACAAGCACCAAUGGGUCCAGGACCUAUGGGGGGGCCCUACCCACCUCCUCAGGGGUAUCCCUACCAAGGGUACCCCCAGUACGGCUGGCAGGGUGGACCUCAGGAACCUCCUAAAACCACAGUGUAUGUGGUGGAAGACCAAAGAAGAGAUGAUGUGGGACCAUCAACCUGCCUCACAGCCUGCUGGACUGCUCUCUGUUGCUGCUGUCUCUGGGACAUGCUCACCUGACCAGGCCAGCCCUUCUGUCCUGCCACUCUGCUGCCACCUCCUGUAGGUGUGCCUGCCCCCAUGUCUUCUGACUGCUGUAAUAAUGACUAGCUCUGCACAGAAACCUCUUCCUUCAACACUAUGGGAUUCUAGAUUAGUGGGGGUUGCCGGUGUUUAAUUCAGUGACUUGAUCUUUUUGAUGUUUGAAGUGCAUUUCUUAUCAAUCUUUAACAAAUGUGCUAAAUGAUUCCUUUUAUUGGCCAAAGGCUUAGUUAUGAUAUAUAUAUUUAUGAUUUUAAAUUAUACAUUCAAGGUAGUGGCAAAAUGUAACACACCAUGGAAUAAUUUUUCUCUGCUAACACUCUAUGUUUCAAUAAAUUUGUCCAAAUCUCA